AAAAAAGGGGAGAGAGAGAGAACAGCGUGAAAGAUGGCAACAUAUACUGUUCCUCAAGUUGUCCCUUCUCCUGCUGAAGAUGCUGCGGCUCUCUUGAAGGCUUUCCAAGGAUGGGGCACCGACGAACAGGCAGUUAUAGCCAUCUUAGCCCACCGCGAUGCGGCUCAGAGGAAACGGAUUACGCUGAAAUAUGAAGAGAUGUAUCACGAGAGCCUAAUGCAGCGCCUCAAGUCAGAGCUCUCCGGAGAUUUCGAGGUGAACAUCAUCCAUGAGGCUGCAAGGAAUGGAUUAACGGAUAAUGAGGAGCUCAUUUGGAUCGUGGGUACUAAGAGCAAAGGGCAGCUCAUCGCCAGUUUUAGCUGCUUCGAUUAUGAGCAUGUAAGCGCACUGCUACCUGGUGGAACCGAUCCCACGGGAUACUUGCGCGCUCUGCGAACGGCAUGGUGGUGCAUUGCGGUCUUUGACAAGUAGUUCGGCUUGGUUCUGAGGAACGCGACGUUCGAAUCGGGGACAGACGAGGAUAGCCUGACCCGGGUGGUGGUGAUGCACGCAGAGAAGGACAUGAAGGGCAUCAGCAGCGCGUUUCGGAGGAGGUCGUCGGUUACCUUGGAGCAAGCCAUUGCCAAGGAAACCUCGGGUGACUACAGGAGCUUCCUCAUGGCUCUCCUUGGAAGCUAAACAGUGAACAAAGAACAAUGAUCCCAAGAACCAUAUCUCGCCGAUUACAGAAACACAAUAAGGUAGCUGUUUAGACAGUAAUAUAACAACGACAAUAAUAAAAAGGGAUAUACUAAGACUGCGUACUAAAUUGGUGCAUUAUAUUGCAACACUUUGUACUCUAGUAAUUAUGUCUAGAGAUCACGAAAUAAUGAAAGACAAUUUGAAACCUGGGACAAGUGAGAAAUUCUUACGCGGAAAUGGGCCCAUGUCUAUUCCAAAAUGAGGAAGAAAUUUAUGCUCACAUCUCCUCUAUUUCUAUGUUUUUUUCAGCCUGAAUUGAUGUUUACACAGAUGCAAUGAUAAUCAUGCAACCAUCUGCAUUCCCCCUUGCAAAAUAUCUGCACGCUUCGUUUGGUGUGCUCCCUUCCCUUCACUAGCUGCUAGUGUUACUGCUGCUCAUCGUUCUGCAGCAUGAUAAACUGCCUGAAGCCACAUUUGACAACAGGCAUCAUCAGUGUACCCCCGGUCCUCUCACUGACCAAAUUCCUCUCACUCAUCAGAGAUUCUACUGCCCCUGGCGCCUGCAUUCCUGUCUGAGUUUGGGUAAACGUGCAACCUCAAGCCUCUGGCGAGGGAGACAAAGCAUUACCGACUCCGUGAU